AUGCAGGACGGUGAAAGGAUAGAGCUGCAGAACUUUGGACGAAUCAUUAAGAGCCAGUCGCCGACCAAGCCCAUCGUCGUCACCAUCGAUGGUUUGGCGGACGGUAGCGAGAGCUUCUCCCUAGCAGCCGAUGACCCAGCGCGCAGGAAAGCUUUCGUGUUGGCGGUGAUGAGUCUGGUGCGGGAGCUGCCCGUCGACGGUGUUGAGCUCGACUGGGAGUGGCCGGGGCCGCAAGGUGACUUCGGUGGAACCUUCGACGAUCGGCAGAACCUUCCAACACUGCUGUUCGAUCUAAGAAACGGACUAAAAAGCGUACGGCCCGAGAUCAAGCUGUGGUUCUUCGGAGCCGUUUAUCCGAUAUUUUUUCGCACGUCAUACCGCGUGGCGGAGAUCUGUCGACAUGUGGAUUAUGUGACGCUGUUUACAUUUGACAUGCGCGACUACGCCGACAAAAUCAUCGAUGUUCCCUCACCGAUGCACAAUCGAUCGUUCGAGUCGGGCACGAGGGCCCGGACCAAUGUGGCAGAUGGAACUCAGGGUUGGAUUGACAACGGUUGUCCACCGAAAAAACUGAUAUUGAGUAUUGGGCUCGUUGGUCGAUCGUUGCAACUCGCUGACCCCCAAAACCACAACAUAGCUGAUCGUGCACUGGGGCCUGGAUUAAAAGGAGAUUUCAUGGCCGCUGGAUAUCAUCCCUACUUUGAGGUAUGCAGACUACUGAGACAACCAGGCUGGAAUUUCGGCUACGAUUAUGAGGGACUCAUGCCGUACGCAUAUCGUAACGACCAAUGGCUGAGCUACGAGGAUACGCCUUCAGUGCAGUAUAAAAUGGAUCUUAUCGAAUCGCUUGGACUCGCAGGCGCACUGGUUCACUGCAUAAGCUUCGAUGACUUUCGUGGUGUCUGUGGCCCAAAGUUUAUCCUCACCAACUAUAUAGCUUACAGGAUCAAAAGUAUAAAACCUUUGAUAACGUUCGCGGUAGAGUGGAGAUAG